UAAGGGAGGGGAUGCCUUGGAAAGAGAAUUCUUGGUUUAUAAAGUCGCACCCCUGCCAGUUCACCUUCAUUAUAACCUCGCCCACUGAAUGCUUGACGAGAGCGCAACGUAACGUUCAUCUAAUUUGUAAUUAAAUGACUACCGCUGCCUAGCUGGCUAGCUAGUUUGUCUUUGUUUUGAGAACGCAAGCUAACUGUGGCUACUGUCUCUACUGUCAUAUAGUUGGCUGCUCAUAUGGUGUUUUGUUUUUUAUUUAACGAUCAUCCAUCAAGAGGCAAGAAAGGGGGAAAACGGGAAGUUUAUACCUUGAAGACAGCUCGUUUGCGAUUGCAUGCCAUAUUUUGUAGCUAGCUGCGUCGGUUCCAGACAAAAGGGGGUUUUCACGCCUUUGAAGGCAAAGAAGCUUCCAGUUUGGAGUGUCACUAUCUCCGUAAGGUGGGGGAGAGUUACUAAGGAGAAAGUUGAUGUUGGCAGUGAGAGACAGCUUUACUUUUGACUUCUACAUGUACAUUUCACAUUGACUUUCUACAACUGAUGCAAGAGAAGACAGAAGAAAACUCCUUUCCAUGGAUAUUGCUGUUUGCUUAAACACACCAAGAGAGUGAAAGUAGACUUAUUUUUCCUCUGUUUAUUUCAGUUGUCAUUUUUUUGUUGGCUUGGUUUGCAAACACUAGGUUUUAUAUUUUUUUUAUUUUAACUUUUUUUUUUUUGGUCCUUUGCAAAGAAAUGCUUUACCUGAAAAAGUACUUCACAGAGGGCCUGAUUCAGUUCACCAUCCUGCUGAGUCUGAUCGGGGUGCGGGUGGAUGUGGACACCUACCUGAGCUCCCAGCUCCCCCCACUGCGCGAAAUCAUCCUGGGCCCCAGCUCUGCCUACACGCAGACGCAGUUCCACAACCUCCGCAACACGCUGGACGGCUAUGGCAUCCACCCCAAGAGCGUGGACCUGGACUACUUUUUCACCUCCCGCCGCCUGCUGAACCAGGUGCGCUCCCUGGACCGCCUGCACAUCCCCAGCACCGAGCUGAGCGCCUGGCUGGUGCACCGCGACCCCGAGGGCGUGGUGUCGGCCUCGGCACAGUCCGGCCCCGGCAUCGCCCUGGACAGCGGCGGCGGCGGCGGCCUGGACGAUGUGAGCAACCCGGAGGGCCCGGCCAUGAGGGGCGGGGGCGAGACGCCCGAGUCCGGCUACAGCCCUAGCAGCGAGGAAAGCCUGGGCGCCGUGGCUCCCCAGGACAGCCAAGACCACCGCGGAAACGGAAAUGACGACCUCACCAAAGAGGACAUCGAUUUGAUUGACAUCCUGUGGCGCCAGGACAUUGACCUUGGUGCGGGCCGAGAGGUGUUCAACUACAGCAGCCGGCAGAAGGAGACGGAGGCGGAGAAGCAGUCCCCGGAGCAGAAUGAGGAUGAGCCGGAGACGGAGGGCUGGAGGAACGGACUCAACCUGCAGGCCGGACAGACCCAUAUCCAGGUGGAUGGAGAGACAGGAGAGAGCAUACCUGAGCAGCUAAGCAGCCUGGGAGGCCAGUCCUCACUGUCCCUGCAGGAGUGCCUACGGCUGCUGGAGGCCACCUUCCCCUUUGGAGAGGAGUCUGAGUUUCAAGGUGCAGUAGCACCAGAGCUAAGAGAGCCUAGUGAAGAGAGCCCCUCUACCUCCCAGGGUCUCCCCGUGUUGCCCCAAACUGAAACAUCCCUGGACCUGGAGCAGCAAUGGCAGGACAUUAUGGCCAUCAUGGAACUGCAGGAGAUGGAGGUGAACAGCACUGCAGGAAACCCCUUCCUCGACAAUAACUCUGACAAUGCUAACGGCAGCAGUGCGUUGGAUUCUGCUUCCUUGGCAAACUUCGGGCUCUCUAGCUCAACUCCCAUUAACCAGGAUGUUAGCCUCCACCAGGCCUCCCUGCCUAGCUGCAGCCAGGAUUUCCCUGCCUUCUUCAGUCCUGAUCUGGACACUCUCAGGCCCUGCCGGCCCACCCUGCUCAGCCUCUCCUCCAGCAACUCCUCCAAUGUCAACUCUACCUUCGGGGCCACUAACCUAACAGGGCUCUUCCUCCCGACGCCACUCAACGGUACCAAUAACAUCAGCUCUACACCCUCACUGGCGGACCCUCUCAACAGCCUUCUGGAGGAGGCCAUGUUAGACGAGAUCAGUCUUCUGGAUUUGGCCAUGGAGGAGGGCUUCAGCCAGGCUCAGGCCUCCCAGCUGGAGGAUGAGCUGGACUCCGAUUCAGGCCUCUCACUGGAUUCCAGCCACAGUCCCGCAUCCCCCAGCACCUCUGAGACUUCCUGCUCAUCCGCCGCUUCCUCCUCCGCCACCUCCGCCACCUUCUCCGAGGAAGGGGCAGUAGGGUACAGCACCGACUCUGAGGCAGCAGAGCUGGAGGAGGGUGCUGUUGGGGGUCACCAGCCCGAGCACAGCAAGUUCUGCCGCAUGAGCUACCAGGACCCGUCCCAGUUUCACCACCUCCCCCAACUGGAACACGUCGGCCACAAUCACACCUAUAACCUGCCACCUUCAUCCUCGCCCUCGCACUCAGAGCGUGCCCUGUCGCCUGACAGCAAACGAAUCAACCGGGACGCCAAAGGGCAGGCAGCGCCCCUCCUCCAGCCGGACUUCCUGGACAAGCAGUCAAGCCGCGACGAGAGGCGGGCCCGGGCGAUGAAGAUCCCCUUCUCCAACGACCGCAUCAUCAACCUGCCCGUGGAGGAGUUCAACGAGCUGUUGGCCAAGCACCGCCUAAGCGAGGCCCAGCUGGCCCUCAUCCGGGAUAUCCGCAGGCGCGGCAAAAACAAGAUGGCGGCGCAGAACUGCCGCAAGCGCAAGCUGGACACCAUCCUGAGCCUGGAGCAUGGCGUGGACGGCCUGCGGCGCGACAAGGCCCGGCUCCUGAAGGAGAAGGCCGAGUUUGUGCGGUCCAUCCGGCAGAUGAAGCAGAAAGUGCACAGCCUGUACCAGGAGGUGUUUUCCCAGCUGCGGGACGAGGACGGCCGGCCCUACCCAGCCAGUGAGUACGCGCUCCAGUACGGCAGCGACGGCAGCGUCCUGGUCAUGCCGCGUCGCCUGGCCGCCGAGCAGACCCGCAAGCCUGACAAGAAGCAGAAGGACAAAAAGAAGUGAGGGGCAGGCCACCUUUUUUCUUUUGUUUGCAACAAAAAAAAGUGAUGCUCUACAGAGGCAAGCAAAGUGUUUCCUUUUGUUUGACAUGACUCUGGUUGGGAAAAGAAGAGGGAGGUAUUCAUCUACUCGUUCAGUCUGUUUUUUCCUGUCCCUUUUUUCCUCAGACAUUUUUCAGCACAGGAAAAGCUGUGAAGCACAAAUGCUUUGUGUUAGUUCUGAUUUUCCAUUGUUUUUUUGGCGGGAAAGGAAUGGACUAGAAAAAGACUGAGAAGAGAUUUUUUUUAAUUCAAGGAACUAACUGUGUGAAAACAAACCUGUCCUGGAUCCCAUAGCAGCCAGCCAGCCAGUGAAGAAGAGGAGGUUGCAGUCUUUUGUUACAUGGUGAGGAGGAAGGACUGGCCAAAAACCCUAGUCAUGCUCUCAAACGAAUGAAAAAAAUGCCACCUAUAUCAGGUCUGCAUGGAACAGGCUAUAAUGCAAUGCAGGCACAUUGUAAAUCAGCUUCGAAGGGUUGUUGAUGCUAUUCAUGGUUGAGUCCGGUGGUACCCCAUGAUCAUGGUCAUCCCUGCGGCAAAUGCAAAGGAUGUCCCAUUGCUUAUAGGAGGCCUUGAGAACAUUUUGAGAAACCAUGAUUUGUGAAGCCAAAUUUCCAUAAAUGGGUUUUCAGAAGUUGAAAUACAACCUAGCAUUUUGGAGGCAAUAUCAUUUUAUCUCUGACAUGGCCAACGCUUACCAAAGGUUGUGUGCUGUACUGUUCUUUGUUUAUCCCAGGACAAACUUGAAAGUUAUUAGCAGUACCAUGCUUGCCCCAAACAUAUAAUACAGUUGCUAAUGAGCAAGGACUCCAAUACACUCCACUGUGUUCUGGACCUCAGGAGCUCCAAGGCUGAUUAUCCGGGAACCCGGAAGAGGGCAGAAAGUUUGGGAAUGGGUCCAGAGACAGCCAGGACUGUAGCUACAGCUGGACUUUGGAGCCUGAGUUUGAAAGGAGAUAGGAGUGGAAUGAGGAAACACACCCCAUACCUAUGUAACAGCCUUUAUAUAUCUAUACAUGGCACUGUGAGUGUCUGGAAACAGCUCGGCUGUAUGCACCUUUGUCUCCCUUUCUGUCCAUAGAGAAAGAUGAUUUUACCAUCACAUCAGCGCUCAUCUCGGGAAAAGCCACAUUAUGGGGUCACAGCACCGGUUUCAGGAGAGAACUCUGCCCCUCACCCCAAGCUGACAAAUUGCCACACACAUACCCAAAUGACUUCAUUAACUAUCUAGGCUAUGCUUUAGGUCGAUGUUGCUUUUUGCAUUGGUCACAUUUGGCUCGGAACGUCAUGAGCAGGAUGGUUAGAGCUUAUAGUCCCUUUGGGCCUGCUUCCUAACACGCUGCGUUUGUCAACCCCAGUUGUCCCGCCACGUCGUCUUGCCCGUUGCAUUGCGAAAUUGUGACACCCCCACCCCAAAACAAACAAGCCAGCACUUGACUCCCCACCUCCUACAUCUCCUACGCUGCCCGCUUGAGGGGCAUGGAGCUCUGUGCCUUACACUACCCCCCCCUUUCCCUGCUGCAGAAAUACUAUGCACCGUCAAAUCCACAAUCAGCACUUUGUUCAUCAGUUAAUAUGAAUUGUACAAUUGUAAUCUGUACGUUAGAGGAGACAUUUGCAUUGCCGAAGUGGGCUUCAUUCAUUCUAGAUACAACACUUAUGUAGCAAGAAACGUUAAAAGAACACCAACUGUGGGGAAAAAAUGUUCUUGCCAUUUAAUGUAAAUCCAGACUAGUGUGUUACAAGUGCAGGGCUGUAAGGUAUUUGAGUACCUAGUGAAACUACAGCAUAUAGUAAUUUCCUUUUAAAUAAAAAUAAUAGCCGUAACCAUAAUAACUGUUAAUAUUGCUACAUUUUAUUUAUUUAGAUCCUUUCCCAAGCUCAAGGCACUGUAACACAUUGCAAUUUGGGGACAUUAUGAUCCAUUGUUAUGAACAGCAGACACGCUCUUUGCUAGUGAGCUAAAAUAGAUGGGUCUGCAGAAAUGGUGUACAUUUCUGAGCAUGGUUUUGUGUUGAUGGUGAAUUGAUCUAGUGGAAUUUAAUGAAUGCUAUUUCGUGAGUGAUGUGACUUCCUGAUAUUCUGAACUCCCAGUGCUUUCAAUUGACAGAUUUGACAGAAAGCCCUUCAUUUGGGAGGGUCAACAUCUGGAAAAGCACAGGCCCAAAACAGACCCUCUGUGUUUUCAGGACAGUACAGCCUUUAUUGCCUGUGGUUGUCUGUUUAUUGUCAGCAGACUUAAAAAAUAAAAAUAAAAAUUUUAAAAAAGGAAUUUACCCAAACACACAAGAACACAAGACUAGCGUUUGGCUGAUUGAGCUGAUCUAGAGCUAAGGUGGCUCAUGUGUGGUUCAGGUCGGUGUUGGGUUUGUGAUAAGUAGACCAGACACAUGAAGGCAGCGCCCACUUCAGCUGGCAGUAGGGCAGGGCAUCACUGUGAUGUACCAACUGCCAGGGGCGGGGCCUGUUUCAGUCUGUUCCCAUCUCCCCAAGCUUCUGUUUCCUGCUACUUCACUAAUGCAGAAGCCUGUUGCCAGAUAUGUUUUGUCAAAAUGCUCUGCAGUAAACACUGAAGAGGGCUCUACCUUGUUCUUUGGUGAGUUAUUACAUUUAAAAGGACAUUAUGUUAUCUUGCAUUCCACUGAAAUGCCAUGCAUAGGGGUAGGCUGGAUAGUUGAUAGGUGCAGGCACUUGGAUAGCAGUGCUAUGUAGCUUUGUGAAGCUGUCCAGAGUCAGACCUGCUUUUGGUAUUUCAGUGAGAACGUCUCACUAUUAAGUUGCCAAGUCAUGCUUGCUUUUUGAAAAGCUUUUCAGGUUUCUCCUGAAAAACUUUUCGCACUGAUACUCAUUUGGAUUCAUUUGCACUCAUCCUGAUGUCACUUCCAUCUUUACUGUCUUCAUCACCAACCAUAAACAAGUGACACUUUGUUUUAAUCAAAUGACUGGUGUGAUUCAACAGUGAUACAUGCAGGCAAAAUAAUCAAAAUGCAGAUGUCACUUGUGGCUGUUUCCAUCUUCAUUUUGAAAUUUAAAAAAAGCUGUAACAAAAGUUCAGCAAGAUUUUGUUACCAAAAAAUUGAGAAUUUCUUCUGUAAAACAAACAUUUGAAAUAUUCGGCUCUAGGUUUUGUAUGUCUGUUUGGGGGAGAAAAAAAAAAUCUAUACUUUGAUUGUACCUGUAUAUUCCAAAGCACUUUUUUUUAGAUUAUGUCUUUGUAUUUUAACACUUUUUUUGACACUCAAUUACAUUUGUCUAGUUCUGUAAAUAUUUUUAUGUUUCAUCUUUGUAUGACUUUUCUUUGUACUUUUUUCAGUGUGUUGCAAAGCUUUUUCUCCCUUGUGUUAAUUUUGGUUGUAUAUUUUGUUUUAUUUCCUCUUUGUUUUACUUUGAAAAGUUUGCUGGCAAUCUGGGAUUGUUUUAUUAAUAAAAUGUUUUUAUUUUCAAGUGUGAGUGCGGCAGUAAAUUGCUAUGAUUCUUGGAGAACUGAUGUCGGCAUGAAUGCCAGUAUAUUUAAAGCCAUAUUACAAAACUUUAUGCAUUAUGCCAGUUUGUGGAAAGCAGGGGAAGAGACUAGACAAGAACUGAGGGUGCAAUGUGUUGAUACCACUGUCAUACCGCUGACUUGUAGUCUUGUCCAAACUAGUGUAUUAGCAGCAAAAAGAACUCCCCUUGAACAUCUAAAAUAAACAUCUAAAAGCAAACCCGAGUGUUAGUGAACAUCUCCCCAUCUGCUGUGUCAACAUGAAAGCUCCUCCUUUUAGGAAGACUGAUAAGAGGCUGAAAUAGCAGAAAACUAACAUCCCAGCUGUCAAUCAACUUUAAAACGGUGUCACACAAUGAUUUGUUAGUAAUUGGAAUGAGCGCUUAAUUUUCUCCAUUGUUAAAGAAGCAUCAACUUAUGCCUACAAGUUGGCUUGCCAGUACAGAAAAGGGAAGCCCCAGCAAGAGUAUGCUAGGAAAGAAAUUCAAUUGGGCACAGUAACGAAACCAAUAGUAACUUUGUUUUAUUGAAUGACUAGAUGAUUUCUCCUGCCCACUUAUCAGGGUUUUGCCUGCAUUGAAAUGUCUUCGGCGGGCAGCCGGAGUGAUUUUUCAGGCUGCCUACAGGCGAAAUCGUGCAAAAAAAAAAAAAAAAACCCACCAGUAAAACAAUUAGAAAUGGUCCGUGCAUUUAUUGGUACAAUUUGGUCAUGAAUGACACUGCAUUUUAGGUGUUUUAAGUUUUGACUGCUUUCAGCCUGCAACCUUAGACACGCUAAAUUAACUUAGAAUCCACUUAAUUGCAUUAAAGAAUGAGACUGUAGACAGAGUGCUGACAACCACGCCUGCCACUCGGGCGUCUGCUAUAGUAGUGAUUUUCAAGUCUUGUGUCUUUAUAAGGCAAAUGUCGGUUUGUUUAUGAGGCGUCUGCUGACUUUGUAUAUUCUAUUUCUAGAUGAAUAUGUGAUGUGACUGGACAUAAUUUAAUGAAAAUAUCAGAAAUAUGCGACAAUGGUUUAUGCAAAUAUACGCUCUCUUUACAUGGAAUGAAUGGGGAAUAGUUUGGGAUUUGGCAAUUCUAUGCAAAUACCCAAAUUAUACGAUAAUCUGUUAUGCAAUUAAGUGGAUUCUACGGUUUUAUUAACCUUCACUGUUUUUGCUGUGCCGAAUGAAUUAAGAAAUAAAAUUCUUUAAAAAAAAAAAAAAAUGUUAUUUUGUUACAAGGUACAAGUGACACCAGUGACAAAAAAGGAUGGUGCAAAUAUUAUUUGAGUGAUUGUAUAAAAAUAAUUGAAAUGCAUUAAGGUGGCAUUUGUGUAGGCUCAUUAAGUUAAAAGGAUAAUAUUGUUCCCAAAAUUUUGAGUGACAAAUGCAUUUCAAGUCAUAUUGCUAUUCCAAAUACCACUGUUCCUGUAGAAUGACCCUUACAAUGUGUUAAUCCUUCAGUAUAGGCUAUAUUUUCCCCCAAUCUCACACUUAGUAGUGUAACACUUCAAUAAAUAUUUAAAUUGUUCCAAUUUUUUA